AUGUCUCUCCCCUCAGAAUCCACUGCCUCAGACAUCAAUCUGAUCUCCAAGUUUCUGUCUUGUCAAACUGUACCCUCGCUUCUGUCAAGUCAACCCGUUGAUGUGCUUGUUUUCUGCGCCACUGCUGUCCUUCCUGUUGCCGACAACGUUUUCUCAGCUCUGGAAUCCCGCCCAGCAUUGGCGAAGACUUUAGUCCUCUGCGGCGGCAUUGGUCAUUCGACGGAGCUCCUUUACGAGUCUAUUCGCAAUAGCAAGAGAUACGGCUUCCUGGCCGAGAAGGUUCAGGGUUUACCCGAGGCUGACGUGCUCAACGUGAUCCUCCAGCAAUGCUACCCAAAGCUUGUUGAACAGAUCAGAUCGAAUGCUCUCAAGCUUCUGAUCGAAAAAAAAUCGACAAACUGCGGAGCAAACGCAGUUGAAACACGCCGUGUACUCGAAAGCCAUUCCGUGUCCACGCCGAGCUCGGUCAUUAUUGUCCAAGAUGCCACCAUGUCACUGCGCACACUAGCUUCCUUCCAACAUGUCUACGCCGAUGCCCUGCCCCAGCCCGAAUUCUUGACCUGCCCAACCUUCGUGCCUAGGAUGUCAUUGAGUCCUUUGAACUCUGGCGGAGGAGAGGCCUCGAAGCUACAUUUCGAUGUUCCAGGCAUUGACGAGUCGGAUCUGUGGGACGACCAGCGUUUCUUUGACCUCAUCUUGGGCGAGAUCCCACGGCUAAGGGAUGACGGGAACGGUUAUGGGCCUAAUGGCAAAGGCUACAUUGCUCAUGUGGACAUUCCACCGGACGUGGAAGCUGCAUGGUCAAGGUUACGGCUGGUAUUGGAUUCCAAUCGUUGA